UUCCUGUGAUACUUUAUUACUUCACGACACUGCCCAACUUGCAUAGACCUGUGCUGCUAUCUAACGCGGAUUUCCCCAUAACCUUGUGACUCUAGCUCCGUAAGCAACCUUCAAGUACAGUCCACGUAGCCGUGGGCGGCAUGCUUUCCCUGAGCCGAGGCAUUGGUGCCGCUCGGACUUUCCCGCUGCAAAGGGCUUCACGCGCUUUGUCCCUCUUCUGCUCCGCUACCAUGGCUUCGGACGCCGCCGCUGCCAAGAAGCGCGUGCUCAUCGUGGGAGGUGUGGCAGGCGGUGCCAGCUGUGCUGCCCGCCUCCGCCGCCUAGACGAGAAGGCAGAGAUCACAAUUUUCGAGAAGGGGCCUUACGUCUCUUUCGCCAACUGCGGUCUGCCGUACUACGUUGGCGAGGUCAUCAAGGAGCAGAGCAGCCUGCUGGUCGCCAACGCCGCCAAGUUCGACAAGUGGUUCAACGUGGCCGUCAAGGAGAACACAGAGGUGGUUUCCAUUGAUCGCAAGGCCAAGACCGUGGUGGCUCGUGACGUCACCACCGGUACGGACACCGUACACCCGUAUGACUACCUGGUGCUGUCGCCGGGUGGUAACGCGGUCCGCCCUCCCCUGCCCGGUAUCGACCUGCCGGGAAUCUUCAGCAUCAAGACGGUGCCCGAGGCCAACGCAAUCAAGUCCUGGAUUGCAGAGAAGGGUGUGAAGCGCGCCGUGGUGAUCGGCGGUGGCUUCAUCGGCAUGGAGAUGGUGGAGAACCUGGUGCAUCGGGGUAUUGAAUGCGACCUGGUGGAGGCAAUGAACCAGGUCAUGCCCCCCUUCGACCCCGAGUUGGUCGAGCCGGUGCACGAGCGGCUGCGCUCCAAGGGCGUCACGCUGCACUUGGGAGACGCGGUGGCGGGAUUCGAGCCUGGGACCUCGGGUGCUGACGGCAGCAGCAAGGAGGAAGGCGCGGGGCUGCUGCGCGUCCUGACCAAGAGCGGGAAGAAGCUGGAGGCUGACCUGGUGCUGCUGGUGAUUGGCGUGCGGCCUGAGACCACGCUGGCGCGGCAGGCUGGGCUGACGCUAGGGGCGCGAGGCGGCAUCCAGGUGGACGAGCAGAUGCGGACUUCGGACCCGGACAUCUUUGCGGUGGGAGAUGCUGUGGAGGUGAAGGAGGUGGUGACGGGCGAGCAGACGCUCAUCCCGCUGGCCGGCCCCGCCAACCGCCAGGGCCGCAUCGUGGCUGACGUCAUCACCGGCAACGAGCCAAGUCGCUUCCGCGGCAGCCAGGGCAGCAGCGUGCUGGGGCUGUUUGGCCUCACGCUGGCCGGCACCGGUGCCAGUGAGAAGACGCUCAAGCGGCUGGGGCUGUCGUACGACAAGGUCUACCUGCACGCCAACAACCACGCGGGCUACUACCCGGGAGCUCGGCAGAUGGACCUCAAGCUGCUGUUCGACCCCAAGGACGGUCGUGUGCUGGGCAUGCAGGCGGUGGGCGAGGAGGGCGUUGAGAAGCGGGUGGAUGUGGUGGCCAUGGCCAUCCAGAAGGGGGCCACGGUGUUUGACCUGGAGGAGGCCGAGCUCUGCUACGCUCCCCAGUUCGGCAGUGCCAAGGACCCGGUCAACCUGGCGGGCAUGGUGGCCGCCAACUCGCUGCGCGGCACCCACCCGCUGGUGCACUGGGACAGGGUGGACCUGGGGGCGCUGCUGGCGGAGCCGGGGGCCGUGCUGGUGGAUGUGAGGGAGCCCGGCGAGCUGGUCAAGGUGGGCAGUGUGGCGGGAGCCGUCAACAUGCCGCUGUCAGGGCUGCGGCAGCAGCUGCAGCAGCUGAGCCAGCAGGAGGGCGCCGACGCCAAGAAGUACUACAUCUACUGCCAGGUGGGUCUGCGCGGCUACCUAGCCACGCGGCAGUUCCUGCAGGCCGGUCUGGACGCGGUCAACAUCAGCGGCGGCUUCAAGAGCUUCCAACAAGUGGCACCCAAGUUGUGAUGGGUGAUGUAAGCGGAAGGUGUUUGAGUAUUUACUGCAAGGAGGUGCUUUGUGUUGGUGUUGGUGGUGUCCUAGGCUGUGAGCAGGUGAAACGGUUACCAGAGGCGGUUUCGUAGGGGUUUCUGGUGAGGAGGUGGCAGACAUGCCUGCCCUGUAACAGUGCAUUGGGUGACAGCUCUGCAUCUAUUGAGUGUGCACAUUCCAUGCGUGGAGGUCAUGCUUAAAUGGUAUGAUGCGUGCUGAUCAGGUGCAUCUAGAGUUAUGCACGGGGGUUUCUAUGCAUUCAUGUCUAUAGGGAUUCAUGUGGAUAGUAGGGAAAUGCAAUCGUCCAAGACGGUGCCGGCUUUUAUGGUCUUGUUUUGAUGCAUGAAUGUUGGUGCUAUCAGUGUUGCUUGUGUCUGUGAUUAUGGGCAAGGUAUAGCACUUUUGCCUUUGCAUUGCGGCUUUGAUUGUGAUCUCGGAAGACGUAGGUUUUGUUGGGAAGGCGCCUUGCAAGCGCACGCGUACAGUUGAUUGGGCUAAAGUGCGUCGAGUGGUCGUCCAUUUGGCCGAGUGCAAAUACCCAUACGUGUUGGCCAGGGGCCACCACAGGUGUGCUGCAUGGAAAUGGACGCAAGAGGAGGCCUUGGGAGUUGGAACUCACGUGAAAACCGUAUCCAAAACCCCAUGUUGUGUAUAUGACACCUUAAUCGCAAAUGUAACGAUUAUAUCCUUAGGAA